UCUUUAGAUUCCGCCGUGUGUCGCCGAUAUAAGACUCGAACAGUUUCUUCAUCUGCGGAAAUUCUUGUGAUGAUGCAUUUCGGCAUAUGAUAUCUAAUCUAGAGAGGGAUUUCUUGGUAGAGAUCUAACAAAAUGCCUCCGGUGGAGUCGCCCCGCGAGGAGAAUGUGUACAUGGCCAAGCUGGCGGAGCAGGCGGAGCGGUACGAGGAGAUGGUGGAGUUCAUGGAGAAGGUGGUGAAGACCAUCAACGGGCAGGAGCUCACCGUGGAGGAGCGCAACCUCCUCUCCGUGGCCUACAAGAACGUGAUUGGAGCUCGCCGCGCGUCCUGGCGGAUCAUCUCCUCCAUCGAGCAGAAGGAGGAGAGCCGCGGCAACGAAGAUCACGUCGCCUUGAUCAAGGAGUACAGUGGAAAGGUCGAGGCCGAGCUCAGCAAGAUCUGCGAUGGGAUCCUGAAGCUGCUUGAUUCCCACCUCACCCCUUCCGCCACCAGUGCAGAGUCCAAGGUGUUUUACCUUAAGAUGAAGGGUGACUACCACAGGUACCUUGCGGAAUUCAAGACUGGAGCUGAGAGGAAAGAAGCAGCUGAAAGCACUCUUUUGGCAUACAAAUCUGCGCAGGAUAUUGCUUUAGCUGAACUGGCUUCCACUCAUCCUAUAAGACUGGGGCUAGCACUCAACUUCUCUGUGUUCUAUUACGAGAUUCUUAACUCUCCAGACCGAGCUUGCAGCCUUGCCAAGCAGGCAUUUGAUGAAGCAAUCUCUGAACUUGAUACCUUGGGUGAAGAAUCAUACAAGGACAGUACUUUGAUUAUGCAGCUUCUCCGAGAUAACUUGACAUUGUGGACAUCUGAUAUUACGGAGGAUGGAGCUGAUGAGAUCAACGAAGCCCCAAAGAAGGAAUCAGAAGAGGGCCAGUGAUCAUGAAAUUGUCACUUUCUCAUGCUGAUGCAGGAUCCACCUUUCAAGUAGUAGUGAGAAUGUUGUGCUUGUUGAUUGUCCUCCCUUCUUUUGCAUUGUGGGCAACGUAAAGCAACUAUUACUUCAUAGAUUGGAUUUUUGUAUAUCUCCAUUUUGAUUGUUUUAAUGGAAGAUCCUUAAGAUGGGACAAAAAAAAUGAUUGUGGAUGGUUAAUCAUCGACAACAUGUUAAUUUUAAGGAAAAUGCAGGUGGGCCAAAA